AUGUCUACACCGCCAGGACCCUCGGGAGGACCAUCUUCAAGCAAGAUCAAUACCGUGGGCAAGGCUUUUGCCCAUAUUGACUUGGAUGGUCACGAUCUUCCUCCAUCGCCCGCUCCAUCUACACCUACCAAUGGACGAAAGUACGCCCUUGCGACCGAAUUGGUAUACACAGAAAGCAAGGAUCAAUAUGGAGCUUCGAGUAUGCCUAUCUAUCAGUCUGCUACUUUCAAACAAACCUCUGCUGGCGGAGGAUCAGAAUAUGAUUACACGAGAUCCGGAAAUCCUACGCGGACUCAUCUGGAGCGCCACCUAGCUAAGAUCAUGAAUGCGGCGAGAGCAUUAGUGGUGGGAUCGGGAAUGGGUGCAUUGGAUGUCAUUACGCGAAUACUACGCCCAGGAGACGAAGUCAUUACUGGCGAUGAUUUAUAUGGAGGCACCAACCGACUGUUGACCUAUAUGGCAGCCAACCACGGCAUUAUCGUUCACCACGUCGAUACCACAACACCAGAGAAGGUUCGAGGUGUCGUUUCACCAAAGACAGCCAUGGUACUGUUGGAAACACCAACUAACCCGCUGAUCAAAAUUGUUGAUCUCCCAUCAAUUGCAAAGAUUGUGCACGAGACCAACCCCAAAGCAUUGGUUGUAGUCGAUAACACCAUGCUUUCGCCCAUGCUCUGUAACCCGCUUGACCUUGGAGCCGAUAUCGUUUAUGAAUCCGGAACGAAGUACUUAUCCGGACACCACGAUAUUAUGGCCGGCGUUUUAGCCUUUAACGACCCAGCCAUUGGUGACAAAAUGUACUUUACAAUCAAUUCGACCGGGUGCGGUAUUUCACCGAAUGAUGCAUUCUUAUUGAUGAGGGGAAUCAAGACCCUUGCAAUUAGAAUGGAGAAGCAGCAGACAAAUGCUCAACAAAUUGCUGAGUUUCUUGAAUCGCACGGUUUCCGAGUCCGCUAUCCUGGUCUGAAAUCGCACCCUCAGUAUGAUUUGCACUGGUCCAUGGCAAGAGGCGCGGGCGCUGUUCUGUCAUUUGAGACUGGUGAUGUCAAUCUCUCUGAACGUAUCGUUGAAGCAGCUCGAUUAUGGGGUAUCAGCGUCAGCUUUGGUUGUGUCAACAGUCUCAUUAGCAUGCCUUGUCAAAUGAGUCAUGCGAGCAUCAGUGCAGCAACGAGAAAAGAAAGACAAAUGCCUGAAGAUAUCAUCAGGCUUUGUGUUGGCAUUGAAGAUGUGGAUGAUCUCAUCGAUGAUCUUCAACGAGCACUUGUUCAAGCAGGUGCCGUAACAGUGACGAUGGAUGGCUUCCACGCAAUUGGCUCUGCUCAAGAAAUUGCCCAAAUACCAAUAGAAGAGUCAGAUGCUGCUGCUGCACCAUCGUAG